GAUAUAGUUUAUACUGUAUUUCUUCAUCUUCUUUCCCCAUAUUUCUACCUUUUGAACUGUUUUUCCACGUGGUGUGUGUGUGUGUGUGUGUGUGUGUGUGUGUGUGUGUGUGUGUUGAAUGAGAAAACACAGUCUAAGGCAGGGAGCAGGUUGGCGGUGCUGGAGUGGGCUGCCGUUGCCGUUAUGCAGAGCGAAAGUGAGAGGGUGAGUGAGUGAGGAGGGGGCUUGCCUACACACCCCCCUAUAUCGCUGGGCAGAAAAGACGACACGCUGAACGGAGUGGAGUCUGACUUCACCUGCCUCCUCUCUGCACUGACGGAGCAGAACGCUGAGGUGGAAACACCAGGAGGAGCGUCGGCAGGGAGGAUAGAAGGGGUGACCGAUCGGUGGCUGAGACCUCAAACGACUGCCAGCGCUUUACUGCAGAGCACCAGAGGUCUGUAAGUGUGCAGACAUGGGCUGUAAGCUGCCCAAGCCGCGUGGUUCGGAAGAAGCUCCAGGAAAGAUCUAUUCGACGCUCAGGAAAGCCCAAGUGGAAACACACACUGGAGUGGCCUACACGUACCACUUUCUGGAUUUUCUGUUGGGAAAAGAAGAGGUGGCGGUGUCCUCCUUGCUGUGUCUGUCGUCAGUGAGAGAGUUACCUGUGCAGGUGUGUGAGCUGUAUCAGCAGGGAUUUAUACUGGCAGCUGUUCACCCCUUCGUUCAUUCCUGUGGUCCUGCCAAAGCAAACCUACAGAGACAGCUGCACCGUGCUGUGCUCAUCAGAGAGACCAACAGUUGUUCAGAGAACGCCGUGCUGAAGUGCGUGAGACCUCGUCUGGAGACGGACGUGUGCUUCUCGGGGCUCCAGGCUCCUGCUCCGGAAGUGAUCCAGGGCUACGUGAAAAAGGUUCAGGACCUGGCUGAUUCUGGGGUUCUGUUCGUAGGAUUUCUGCAGCAGCCUGGUGGUGGUCCCUACUUUCUGGGACAUGGUGACACUGAGGAACUCUCCUCUUUACACUCCAGCCCCUCUCCCAUACACCAGCACCCAGAAGCUCCAGCACUCAGCCCGAGCAGCAACCACCAGCACCAAGACCAGCAUAACAACCACUGCAGGAAUGGAGACCAUCUGAAGGACCAGCGAAAGCAGAGCUAUCAACACAAGACAUCUCCAAGCUGGAUACCCUGUCCAGGUCAGGACUGUGGAAGUGAGGCUCAUCAACAGCAAGAACCAGAAAGCUUCCAGUGCCGGACCCUCCCGCAGUCGUCUUACCCAGCUGAAAAUCAAACCUCAGAUCUUCAGGACUCUGAAGCUGGACAGCAGAGACAGACAGAGGCUCACAGACACCAAGACACAGAAGACGGGUCUAGAAGGAGCUCAGAAGAACCACACCCAGGUCAAGAGAACCGUCCUCUACAGACCAGCAGUGAGAACCAAAGGACAGAGAACCCGGGUCAGGUCAGGAACCCCGACAAACCUGGAAAAACACCCGGAACCACACAUUCCCUCAAUCGUGUGCAGGUGUUUGCCCUUUAUAACCACGCUGUGGUGCUUUCCGGGUCUCCAAGGUACUACUCCCUAAGAAUUCCACUGCAGGUGCACACGGAGGCGGGGCUUAUCUCUACAGUCGACGCCCACUGGCUAGAUCACAUGACCCAGCACUUCAGGAGUGGUGCUCAACUCAUUGAUGGCUACUUUCACCUGGGGGACGAUCCUGAAUCGUCCUCCACUAUAGAAAGUGUGUUCAUAUUCCAGAGCGCUUCUGAGGACAUUAUGACAGCCACUACCUACGACGCCAUUGUUGUUGAGCAGUGGACAGUCAUUGACGGUGUUGCAGUAAAAACAGACUACAUCCCUCUACUCCAGUCCCUCGCUCCGUACGGCUGGAGGCUGAUGUGUGUGCUGCCUACUCCCAUAGUCCGAACCAACAGUGAUGGCAGCUUGGCCACGAAGCAGAUCCUCUUCCUCCAGAGACCUGUUCUGUCCCGCAAGAGGAGAGACUUCACGAGGCUUCAUCUCAGAGGUCGCAGCAAGAGGAACCUGAACAGUAAGGAAAGCGUGGGGAGGGAUUUACUGAGUGCUGCGUCUCCAGCACCUCCAGAACCUGAGACAGCGGCGGAUGAGAGGGAGGGAUGGAUGAAAGACGAAGGAGAAGAAGAAGAGAUGGGUAACGGACAGACUGAUAGAGCGACCUCAGAGAGGAACAGUGAUGAUUCUAGGACUUUACAGGUUAUUCCACACAGUCAUGGAGCUCCAGAAGAACUGGAAGUGAACAGAAGUGUAAGGGUUCAUGAGGACAAAAGGGGCGGAGUCACAUGCCUCCCACAGGAAGAGGAAGUUAGGCCGCUGGUUCCGGAGCGAGCGCUGUUCUCUGGAGUGUGCUGAGCCUGGUGCUGUUUAACACUGUGGUUAAUAAUAAGGUAACACUGAGACACCAGAUUAUGAGGUACAUAUACCCCGUUAACCCUCUCUGUAGGCCUGUAAAUGACUGUAGCUCACUGUUGCUGUGCCGUUUAUCAGCCAUCCUGUUCAUCAGUGGACUUCUAUAGGACCACCACUGACCAGAUAUUUACAUAGUAGAAUACCGUAUUUUCCGCACCCUAGGGCGCACCGGAUUAUAAGGUACAUUAUGCUAGUACUAGUAACACUAGUAAGGAACAGGGGUGUCACCAUGUUUACCUUCCAAUUUAGCAGGUGAAUUUAGCAGGCUAAGUAAUCAAAACUGUAAUCUAAAAAAAUAUAUAUAUACUCACAAUUAUAACUCUGAACUUCAGUGGAGUGACUUUACUGCUUCUUAAUAGCUGACUGGUAAAAUAUAUACAUAAGGAGCACCGGAUUAUGAGGCGCACUGACGAUUUUUGGACAAUUAAAGGAUUUUAAGUGCAAAAAAUACAGUAUGUGGUACUGGUAUAUAGAAAAGUUUAAAUCAUUGACCUAAUCUUGAUCUAAUACAUACAAGAGACAAUUAAGAAUUAAAAUGUUCUGCUAGUCUGCUUAAAAACACUUAAAAAUUCAUGUAUAAAUGUAUAAAAACCCUUAAAAGCCUUAAAUCCAUCUCCCUUUGUCGUGUAAACAAGAGGUACCUAUAUAGAAUAAUGAUGAUAAAGAUAAUUCUUUAUUCAGUAAGUUAUUCAUAAUACAAUAACUACAUAAUCAACACUACAAACAUUGUGAGCAAAUACAGGGACUGAAAAGGCACAGGCAAAAACAUAAUGCUUAUAUAAUUAUGCCUGUCCUACAAUCCCCCUCCUGCAGUCCCUAAAGAGAAAAGAAAAGAAAAAAAAAAAAAGCCCUAAAAAUUGUCAGUGUGUGUGUCCCAAAGGUUUUAAAAAUGCAAAUAGUACAAACAUUAAAUACAAUUUUGUUUUUAUUUUUACACCUUGCUGCUUUCGUAGUUUACAAACCCGAUAUGCAGGUUAUGCCUAGUUCACAAUUAGGGGUGGGCGAUAUGGCCCUAAAAUAAUAUCACAAUAUUAUUAUAUAUUAAUAUAUAUAUUUUUUUUUGCGAUAACGAUACUCUUGGCAAUAUACUUUUUUUUUUUUUUUUUUUCAAGAAUUCACUACUGCAACAAAAUGAAAAUUUUAUUUUAUUUCAUACGAUUUAUGUCACACCCCUACCUGAGAUAUUAAAAAUACAAGAAUUUGAUCAGAUUUGUAAUAGAAGUCAAUGAUCCAGAAUGUCAUGAUACUAAUAAUGCACUCCAAAUAUCUCCAUAUAUCCAGGAUUAAAGUAAAAUAAAUGAUACUGGACAGAUAUAAUCUGUCUCUAGUAGAUAUAGAAUGGGAAAUGAGAACAGUGUGAUUUUUUCUUUUGCUAAAAACAGUAAAAAAAAAAAUAUAUAUAUAUAUAUAUAUAUAAAAGUAGUACCCUGAUGUGAUAAUUAGGGGUGGGUGAUAUGGCACCAUAUUUUUAGGGUAUAAUAUUGUUCACGAUAUUCAAAAAUGUUGGCGAUAUUAUUGUGUACGAUACGAUAUAGCACACCUCGAUACACAAUACACAAUUUUAGCCUGCUUUUUCAGUCCCCCCCUUUGUGAAAUGCUUUAAAAAUAAAGAUAAAAUUAAAGUUCACCGAGCCGUUGCACAUUGAUCGCCGAUGAGACAUUUCCUUGCAUGGGUAACUCUGUGCCUCUAUCACUAGCACUGUGGCCUGUUGGGAGCAUCGGCUUAAAAGUGGCGUAUUUCUGAGUGCUGGGGGAGAACAGAGAUGGGCUAUUUGACAGAAGUUCGUACUCGUUAUCGCGUUCCUUCAGCUCAGUUCCAUUUCACACCGGAUUUCUGAUUAAACAGAGGAGACCCUGGCCACAUACACCACAGGUCAGAGGAGCAUUCUUUACUUCAAAUAGAAGAGUACAAAUACAUAAUACUGAUUGUUCUUUAAUAUUAUUUUUUUGUAAAUGUAAAACUUUACUGGUCUGCGUA